AUGUACUCCAAAUGUGGCCACGUCGACUACGCCCUCAAGGUUUUCGACGAAAUGCCUCACAGAAACUUGGUUUCCUGGACUGCCAUGGUAACCGGGUUUUCGCAGAACGCGAGGUUCUCGGAGUGCUUCAAGGCCUUUUCGGAGAUGAGAAGAGCUGGGGAGAGCCCGACCCAGUUUGCAUUUGCGAGUGUGAUUAAAGGUUGUGUGGUUCUUGGGUCGGUUGAGAUGGGGAGGCAGCUGCAUUGUCUUGCUUUGAAAUUGGGUUUGUCUUGUGAGUUGUUUGUGGGGAGUAACUUGGCGGAUAUGUAUUCGAAAUGUGGGGUGAUGGUUGAUUCUUGUAGGGUUUUUGAGGAGAUGCCGUGUAAGGAUGCUGUGUCGUGGACUUCGAUGAUUGAUGGGUAUGCAAAGAGUGGGGAGUUUGAGGCGGCUUUAGUGAGUUAUAAGAGAAUGAUUAAUGAUGGGAUUGGUGUAGAUAAAUAUGUUGUUUCUAGUGCAUUGAGUGCUUGUUCUGCACUGAGGGAUUGUCAGUUUGGAAAGUGUGUUCAUUCGACGGUUGUGAAGUUGGGAUUGGAAGUGGAGGUGGCUGUGGGAAAUGCUCUAGUUGAUAUGUACUCGAAAUCAGGAGAUAUGGAGAGUGCUUCAAAUGUGUUUCGGAUUGACCCUGAGCGGAGAAAUAUUGUGUCGUAUUCCUCUCUGAUCAAUGGUUAUGUCGAGAUGGAUGAAAUCGAGAAGGCUUUUAGUGUGUUUGUGGACUUACAGAGGGAGGGAGUUGAGCCUAAUCAGUUCACUUUCUCUAGCUUGGUCAAGGCCUGUGCCAACCAAGCAGCACUUGAACAAGGGAUCCAACUUCAUGCUCAGGUGGUCAAGUUUAAAUUUGAUAGAGACGAUUUUGUGGUUUCUGUUCUUGUUGAUAUGUAUGGAAAAUGUGGGUUGCUUGAUCAUUCAAUACAAGUGUUUAAUGAGGUAGCCACUCCGACUGAAGUAGCAUGGAAUUCGUUGUUAAGUGUAUUUGCAGUUCAUGGCUUAGGAAAUGAUGCCUUGAAAACUUUUAGUAGAAUGGUCCAAGCAGGAGUGAAACCAAAUGCAAUAACAUUUGUCAGUCUUUUAACAGGGUGUAGCCAUGCUGGAUUGGUAAAGGAAGGUUUAAAGUACUUUUACUCCAUGGAGAAAACAUAUGGAAUAGUACCUAGAGCUGGACAUUACUCUUGCAUUAUUGAUUUACUUGGCCGGGCUGGAAGGCUUGAAGAGGCAGAAGAAUUUAUUAACAGCAUGCCAUUGCAGCCAAAUGCUUUUGGGUGGUGCUCUUUUCUCGGUGCUUGCACAAUCCAUGGUGAUAAAGAGAGGGGGAAACUGGCAGCUGAGAAAUUGAUACAGCUCGAACCUGAGAACAGUGGAGCACAUGUUUUGCUUUCAACUCUGCACGCGAAGGAGAAAAAAUGGGAUGAUUUCAGAAUUGUGAGGAAGAUGAUGAGAGACAGCAGCAUGAAGAAACUGCCCGGUUAUAGUUGGGUUGAUGUUGGAAACAAAACACACACAUUUGGAGCCAAGGAUUGGUCUCAUUCUCAGAAAAAAGAAAUAUAUGAGAAACUUGAUAGUCUUCUUGAUCAGAUAAAGAAAGUUGGGUAUGUUCCAAAUACAGAUCUUGUUCUACAUGAUAUGGACGACAAUUCAAAGGUAGAGCUGCUUCACCAUCAUAGUGAGAGGAUAGCCAUUGCAUUUGCACUGAUAAGUAUGCCUGCCGGGAAGCCAAUCAUUGUGAAGAAAAAUAUAAGGGUGUGUUUGGAUUGCCAUUCUGCAAUCAAGUACAUCUCCUUAGUUGUUGGAAGGAAGAUUAUUGUUAGGGAUAAUACCCGGUUUCACCAUUUCGCAGAUGGCUUGUGUUCAUGCGGGGAUUACUGGUAA